GUAAAUAUUCUUUACGAAAGAGCGGGAAAAGUUCUCUUAUUUCACGCCAUUUUGCAUCCAUCUUCUUCUCAUCAGUCGUCAUUCAUCAGAGCUCCAUCUUUCUUCUCCUCUUAUCUCUCAAAGCAGAGAAAUUUUAAAUCGUAAGCCCUAGAAAGAUGCAGAUUAAGUUGAAAUGUAACUGUGGCGAAACCAAAUGCUUGGAAUGGGCCGUCGUUGAGUUGCAAGGCGUAGUUGAACCUCAAUCCACCUUCCAAGAUCGCCUUCAAAACCUCGAAAUCGGCAUUCUAUGUCGGCCCUCCGCUCAGGAAGUGUAUACUUUUACAGUAGGGUACCAUGAGCUGACAGGAAGCAAAGUGCCUUUGAAGAAGCCGUUGUUGGUGUUGAAGAAAAUGAGGUCCGUGGAUGAGGAUCAGAGUAGCGAUGCCAAAUCGGCUAAUGCAGAGUUGGAAGUCAUUGGGAUAAUCAGGCAGAGGAUUCUGUUUAAGACCAGACCAAAGGCCCUCAUAUCCAAACCACAGCCAUUGGUUAAGGAAAGGUCCCGCGCUUCAGGAUCUGCAGUGACAGGCCAAACAACAUGACUCUAUGUGUAAAGGUGAAAUCUAUCCAUAUCUUCACUGGGUUAGAUUCAAUCAGAAAGGUUGAAUGAAAUUAUUCAUUCAUUCACUCAUCUAUAUAUAUUUAUGUUAUCAACCAGGAAAAGAAGAGAGGAAAAAGAAAAUAUUAUCAAUCCUAGUUCCAAGAAUACUGUCAUCAGUAAGUUAUUUUCCAACUUCACACAUAAUCAGAUCAUCACAAACUGAGUUAUUUUUGGCACCUACUUUUCAAAGACAACCAUACACCACUAUGCCUAUAACAAGGGAACUUUAUUCAUUACUCAAGCGGGAGGCCCAUUGCCAAAGGAAAGGAACCCUAGGAAACUAGAUGGCGAAAGCUCUUGAUUCAAGAGUAUUUGGGUUAUAACUCAGCUCAAUCCCCUUUGGAAAAAGAAGGAUUGAGUAAUCAAGUGGCUAAAUUCAUAUAGCUUGUUUUGCUUUUACUUUGUUUAUCAUCUAAUCUAGUAUAGAUUUAGUCAUUAAUCGACUCCUGACAUAGAGCGAGAUAGGAUCAUAAAGGGUUGUAUGUCUAUUUAUCUAUAUAAUACACUACUUUGUCACUCAAA